UAAGCCUUCAAUUUUGUUUUUUGACCAAAAAUGGCUAGUUUUGAAAGCCCUCUAGGCAGAGAACAAACAUUUGCAUUUUCAGUCACUUCCCAAAAUGUUGACAAUAAUAGCCAAUCCAACAAAUUUGAUUUGCCAGUUGACUCAGAGCACAAGGCAAAAUCAAUCAAAAUCUUUUCAUUUGCACAACCCCACAUGAGAUCUUUUCACUUAGCUUGGAUUUCAUUUUUCACUUGUUUUAUUUCCACUUUUGCUGCUGCUCCUUUAGUUCCAAUUAUUAGGGACACCCUUAAUUUAACGCGUGCAGAUAUUGGUAAUGCAGGGGUUGCGUCUGUUUCCGGUAGCAUUUUCUCUAGACUAGUCAUGGGGGUACUAUGUGACUUAAUUGGUCCAAGAUAUGGUUGUGCAUUUCUCAAUCUUUUAACUGCCCCUAUUGUUUUCUCUGUUGCUUUUAUCUCAAAUGCAGAGGGAUACAUAGCUAUGAGAUUCUUAGUUGGAUUUUCGUUAGCCACAUUUGUGUCGUGUCAAUACUGGACAAGCGUUAUGUUCAAUAGCAAGAUUAUUGGACUCGUUAACGGUGUGGCAGGGGGGUGGGGUGACAUGGGGGGUGGUGUUACUCAACUCCUCAUGCCUUUUCUUUUUCAUGUAAUUAAAUUAACUGGGGCUACUCCGUUCAUUGCUUGGCGUAUCGCGUUUUUUAUUCCGGGAUGGUUACAUAUUAUUAUUGGACUUAUGGUCCUAAUUCUUGGUCAAGAUUUACCUGAUGGAAACCUUAGUACUCUCCAAAAAAAGGGUGAUGUUGCUAAAGAUCAAUUUUCAAAGGUUCUUCGAAAUGCAGUGACAAAUUAUAGGACAUGGGUAUUUUUCCUCCUCUAUGGGUUUUCCAUGGGAGUUGAACUUUGCAUCAACAAUGUCAUAGCAGAGUAUUUUUACGACAAGUUCAAUUUGAAGCUACACACGGCGGGAAUGAUAGCUGCAACAUUUGGGAUGGCGAAUUUUGUGGCUCGUCCUUUUGGGGGAUAUGCAUCGGAUGUAGCAGCCCGAAAAUUCGGGAUGAGAGGAAGGUUAUGGGUCCUAUGGAUAGUCCAGACAACAGGAGGAGCCUUCUGUAUCUGGUUGGGCCAGGCUGAAUCACUUCCCAUCGCGAUAGUUUCAAUGAUCCUCUUUUCAAUCGGUGCCCAAGCCGCGUGUGGUGCAACCUAUGGUAUCAUUCCUUUUGUAUCGCGAAGAUCAUUGGGCCUGAUUUCUGGGCUCACGGGUGCUGGAGGCAAUUUUGGGGGCGGGUUAACACAAUUAUUAUUUUUUUCAACUACGCAAUUUUCUACAGGUAUGGGGCUAACAUGGAUGGGGUUAAUGGCGAUAGUGUGUACCAUACCUGUGGCAUUUAUACAUUUUCCACAAUGGGGGAGUAUGUUUUUUCCAGCAUCGAAUGAUGGAAACUAUAAUGAAGAGAAUUAUUAUGAAUCAGAAUGGACACAAAAUGAAAAACAAAAAGGGCUACAUCUUGCAAGUGUUAAGUUUGCAGAAAAUAGCCGAUCUGAACGUGGGAAAAAACAGAUUGUUACAUCUGUAGCCACUUCAACUUACUCUAGUAGUCCAGAACAUGUUUAA